UUUGGGUUUAAAACAUGAAAAGACAAGUUUUCCAUUAACAUGAAAUAUAUUUUCAAUAUAAAUUUCCCUCUAGAUGUACAAAUAUGAUAUAACAAUUCACCACUAAUAGGCAGUUAGUUCGUUUUUAUUUCUUAGUGGAUGUGUAGGAAAAAAGUGUUGUUCGGCUCAAAAAAAUUCAGUAAAAAUAUUUUAAAUUUCUCCUUAUAUCUACAGUUUUGUGAUUCAUCAAAGACUCAUGGUUAGCAGUAAGAUGUUGUCUCGUAUGCUGAAGGAUCACCAGGUGAAACAGCACGCAAGGAAGGAAGUCCAAGAGAAAAGAAGAAAAGAAGCAAUAGCUGCAGCCAACACUUUGACACACACGCUUGUAGAUCAUCUCAAUGCUGGGGUGGCACAGGCAUAUGUGAACCAGAAGAAGCUUGACACAGAGACAAAAAUAUUACAAGCAAAUGCAGCUCAUUUUGAAAAACAGACUUUACAAUGGUUGAAACUUGUAGAGGACUUCAAUACAUCAUUAAAGGAGAUAGGUGAUGUUGAGAACUGGGCCAGGAGCAUAGAGACAGACAUGAGAACCAUCUCAAGUGCACUAGAAUAUGCUUAUAAAGAAGAGCAACAAGAAACUUAACUCUUAAAUGCUGAUGAAGGAAGGACAUUUACUCAGAGGACAUUGAAUUUUAGAAACAGUAAAUUGGUUAUCAACAGCAAAUUUACAAAAGAAAAAAAAUCACAUAUUUACUAUCUACAUUCUAUCCAAUCAUGAAUACCACCCAAAGUGCACAACUGGCCCUCGGUUGCUAAUGAGAUUCUUGGGGCUGUGUAACAGAAAUUUAGAGUCAAUUACAAUUUGUUGAAAUAGGCCUUCGUGGCCUUAUCAUAAUCAUUCAAUAAAACUGACCAUAUGGAACAGGUUUCAAAACUACAUUAAUAGAGUACAAGGUAGACUAAAGAUCUGGGAAAUAGGUAAAAGAAUGUUAUGGUCGGUUGAGUCAGUCGUAAUAAUCAAAGAAAAAUGUCCCGUGAUGUUCAGGUGACAUUUAAUUUUGUAUUAAAUUAUUACAAGGAAUAUUGAAUACAUGUAGUUUCGACUCUUAAUCCUGAGUUGGACAUUUUGUCACUAUGCAAUCUUGUAUAUCUAAAUUAAGAUGUCGGUUUAAUGUGGAAAUAGUGCAAUAUCAUUUCAUUGUGUAAAAUUGUAAAUAUUAACUAUACAUGUACUGUUAUACAGUGUUAUUAAUGUACUCUACAAUUAGUUACGA